GUCCUUCGAAUCAGAGUGAAAAAACCAACCUCAUAAACAACUAAAACAAGAGCUAGAACAUGAGUUUCCUUAAACAACACAAAAGUUACAUAGUUUUAACCAUAUGGGCUCUUGUUUUUCUGCUUUCCUCCAUUGAUGUAGCAGCUAAAUCUCGUCAGCCAAUCUCUGAAUCCGAGAUUCGAGAGAGAAGAAACCAGUGCUAUGCAGACAUUGAAAGUGGAUUAUGGGGUCAGCAAUGUAAAUCUUCCAAGAUAGCAAAGGAGAAUUGUGCCUUGAAUUGCCUCUCACCAACCUGUUAUCAGCUCGUCUAUGAGAGUGAUCCGUUGGAAGAAGGAGAAAAAGAUUACAUCAGGAGUCAAGAGUACAAGUACUGCAUGCACAAAGUAUCUUUAGGAGAGAGCCUGGAUGGUAUUAGAGGGGCCUUUGAUUAGCAUGCACGGGGGUGGAAGUUUUUAAAAUUCUACUGUUCUAUAUGCAUCUCAGCAUGGCCAAACAAGAUAAGAUGGAUGUCGUGCA